UCCACCAAUACGCAGUAAGAAAGGGACUACAGAGAGCUGUAACUCCAACAAUGGCGGAUGCAGCGCCGGCCGAUGAAGAUGGAUCGCCGAAGAAGACGAAGCAGGGCGGCUUCAAGACAAUGCCCUUCAUACUAGCGAACGAGGUGUGCGACAGGUUCGCGACGGCCGGCUUCAACGCCAACAUGAUCACGUACCUCACACAGCAGCUGCACCUGCCGCUGGUGGAGGCCUCCAACCUGCUCACCAACUUCAUGGGCACGGCGGCCUUCACCCCGGUCUUCGGCGCCAUCAUCGCCGACUCCUACGCCGGCCGCUUCUGGACCAUCGCCGCCGGCGGCGCGCUGUACCAGCUCGGCAUGCUCGGCCUCGUCGUGUCCGCGCUCGCCACUGCCCUCCGCCCCGCGCCUUGCGCCGCCGCCGCCCUGUCGACGCCCGCGUGCCAGCGCGCGAACGGUGGGCAGCUCGCCGUGCUUUACGUGUCGCUGCUCUUCACCGCGCUGGGAUCCGGCGGCAUCCGGCCGUGCGUGGUGGCGUUCGGCGCCGACCAGUUCGGCGUGGGAGGGAGGCGGCCCGGCGGCGAGCAGAAGUGGAGCUUCUUCAACUUCUACUUCUUCACCAUGGGGCUCGCCGUGCUGCUGGCGCUGACGGUGGUGGUGUACAUCCAGGAGAACGUCGGGUGGGGAUGGGGGUUCGGCAUCCCCGCCAUCGCCAUGUUCGUCUCCGUGCUCUCGUUCGUGGUCGGCUACCCGCUCUACGUCAGGGUGAAGCCCGGGGGUAGCCCCUUCGUGAGGCUGGUUCAGGUCGUCGCCGCGGCGAUCAAGAAGAGGAAGGAGGCCGUGCCGGAGGACGCCGGCAUGCUGUACCAGAACAAGGAGCUGGACGCUCCCAUCACCGCCGACGGGAGGCUGCUCCACACCAACCAGCUCAGGUUCUUGGAUCGAGCGGCUAUAGUGACGACGACCGACGCCGACGCCGUUGACUCCGGCGCCGAGCCGGACAUGUGGCGGCUGGCGACGGUGCACCGGGUGGAGGAGCUCAAGUCCGUCGUGCGCAUGCUGCCCCUGUGGGCGGCCAGCAUCACGCUCAUCGCCGCCGCCUCGCACAACUUCACCUUCGCCAUCCAGCAGUCGCGCACCAUGGACCGCCGCCUCACGCCGCGGUUCGAGAUCCCGCCGGCCAGCAUGAUCAUCUUCACCACGCUCACCAUGCUCGUCAGCCUCUCCAUCUACGACCGCGCCUUCGUCCCGCUCGCGCGCCGCUACACCGGCCGGCAGUCGGGGAUCUCCUACUUCCAGCGCAUGGGCGCCGGGCUCGCCGUCUCCGUGCUGGGCGUCCUCGCGGGGGCGCUCGUCGAGGGCAAGCGGCGCAGGGCGGCGGCGGAGCACGGGCUCCUGGACAGCCCCGGCGCCACCGUGCCGAUCAGCGUGUUUUGGCUGGUGCCGCAGUACGCGCUCCACGGGGUGAGCGACGCGCUGUCCACGGUGGCGCACAUGGAGUUCCUGUACGACCAGUCGCCGGAGAGCAUGCGCAGCUCCUCGGCGGCGCUGUUCUGGGUGGCCGGCUCGCUCGGGAACUACCUGGGAACGCUGCUCGUCACGGUGGUGCAGAGCGCGAGCGGAGGGGAGUGGCUGCAGGACAACAUCAACCGGGGCAGGCUGGAUUACUACUACUGGCUCGUGACCUUCCUCAUGGCGCUCAACCUUGCGUACUACAUCGUCUGCUUCCAUUUUUACACCCUGAAGUCCCUCGACGUGGAGGGGAACGCGGCGCAACGGCGGCAAGAUGACGGUGAGGGCCAAAGUCGGAGUGCGGAGCGGGAGACUGAGCUCGAUGCUGGCCGCAUUGGAGCUUCGAAAAAUUGUGAGUAGGAUCAUUUUUAAUGGUGUAGUUAACAUCACUAUAUCAUUGUAUCUUUGAACUACCGAACUUAUAUUGACGUAAGAGCAACUCCAAGGG